AUGAAGCCAAUAUGGGUAUUAAACUGGCUUUGCGGCUGCACUCUGGCCAAUACUCUAAAGCAUUAUCAAGAAUAUUUAGCACUAGAUCGUGCUGAAGCCAGUUCCGACCAGCUGAAGUUGAUACAAGACCUACUGGACAGCUAUGACAAUAAAGCGAAGCCGACUUGGGACGUGUUUCGACCGGUCAACGUCACCUUCAGCAUGGAUUUAUAUCAGUUAUUGGAGUUGGUAAGAGGGUUUUUGAGUCUUUUAAAGAGAAUGUGCAAGGUAGGGUAGUGUAGAGUAGUGUAGAGUAAGGUAGGGCAAGGCAGUACAGGGAAGGGUAGGGUAAAGUAAGAAUAAAAAAUGACUCUUUUGAAUGUUUUUAGGUAUCAAAAAUGGGUUUUAGUUAUAAUUUUGAAGGUUAAAAUUCAAUUUUAAGUCUAUUUCAACAAAAUUCUAAUUUUUAAAAAAUGGAAGUUGAGUGGAAGAUUUUCAGUGCAAAAUACAUUAUAAAUCUUCCACCAAACUUCCACUCUCAAAAAAGUGCUAAAAACGUGUUUUUAGGUUGUUUUAACACAUUUUAAAAGUGGAAUUGCAGUGGAAGAUUUUCAGUGCAAAUUACAUUACAAAUCUUCCACUUUCGAAAACUGCUUCAUUUUUGGCUUGUAAACAAAGUUUCUGCUAUAAUUUGUAUGGAUAUCAUCCAAAAAUGGCAUUUUUCCGAAUUUCAAAAUUAAUUUGUUUUUAGUUCAAAAAAACGUUUAAAAACGAUUUUAAAGCCGGAAAAAACAAAAGGAAAAUCAUUUGUUUCAAGAUAUAAACAUGGUCGUCUGACAACGUUAGUAAUAGGUAUUUACUGGGGUAAAUAACAAAAAAAUUGCAAGAACUUUCUUUACAAAACAAAAAAUGGCAAGAACUUUCUUUACAGCUUAUAUUCUGAUCGUUUGCCUUUAUUACCAGCCAAAGACUAGCAUCAUUGUCCAGUAAAUUAUAGGGUGUCACGUAUAUUUAGUUUUUACUGCAGCCAACGAUUAAACAAGAAUAGGUACGAAAGGAAAUGGACGAAGAAAAACGGUUUGAAAUGGGUUUCCGCUAGCGACAAAUUUCAAUUUUUAAUCUUCUAAAAUGUUUGUAAAGAAAGUUCUUGCGGUUUCUUAAUAUGUAAAAAAAGUUUUUGCCAUUUUUUGUUUUGUAUAGAAAGGUAUAACAAACAAAUUUUGAGCCAUUUUCAUUAGUAUAAACAAAGUUAUAGUAUUUUUAAAAAAAGUGAAAGAUAAGUGGAAGAUUUGCAAUAUAUUUUGCACUGAAAAUCUUCCGCUCAACUUCCACUUCUGAAAAGUGUCAAAAACGUGUUUUUAGGUCAUUUUAAGACAUUUUAAUAAUGGAAGUUGGGUGGAAGAUUUUCAGUGCAAAUUACAUUACAAAUCUUCCACUCAACUUCCACUUCUAUUAAUAUAACCGCUCAUUUUUGGGAUUGCAGAGAAGGUUUUAGCUCUUGGCAGCUAAAUAAAUAGCAUUUGUUGUACAUUUUUAAUAUUUUAACUUUUAUAUUUUUAGAAUGAACCUCAACAAUACAUCUUACUCAACGCAUGGAUCAUUGAGGUAAGUCUACUUUAAAGUUCAAUGUAAAAAAAGUUACUGUAGUUUAAAAAUUUUUGCAUUUUUAUUAGGUGUAAAAUACGUUAGAGGUUUUUUCUGCGAUUAUACCAUAAUUUUUUUAACCUUUUUUUACAAUUUUGUACGUAAGGUUACGGUAGUUGUAAAAAUACAUAGAAAGAUUACUGUAACUUUUAUAGAAGUAACAUAAAAUUUGUAUUUCUAAAUGAUUUUUACAUUCGAAAACAGUAACUGUACUUUUUUAAAUGGGUUACUGUAAACAACAAUCGGUUUUUACUAAAGUUUGUAUGUAGGGUUACGGUACCUUUCAAAACCAGUACAAACCUUACUGUAAAUUUUCAAAAAAUGCAUUUUAAAGUUAAUUUUUGUAGCGUUGGCAUGACGAAUUUUUAUAUUGGAACCCACUGGAUUACGGUAACAUCAGCGAAGUACGAUUACCACAUCACUGUAUAUGGCUGCCAGAUACAACCCUAUAUAACUCAUUAGUAAUGAAGGAUGAUGACACUAGAAGGUUACUGAAUGCCAAGUUAACUACAAAUACAACCAGGAAAGCAGCGCUGAUAGAGUUACUGUAUCCUACCAUCUACAAAUUCAGUUGCUUACUCAAUUUGGUAAGUAGGGUAGGGUAGGAUAGGGUAGGGUAGGGUAAGAUAGGGUAGGGUAGGGUAGGGUAAGGUGGGUAGGGUAGGGUAGGGUAGGGUGGGUAGGGUAGGGUAGGGUAGGGUAGGGUAGGGUAGGGUAGGGUAGGGUAGGGUAGGGUAGGGUAGGGUAGAGUAUUAAUACGUGUCAUUUCAGAGGUACUUUCCAUUUGAUCUACAAGUCUGUACGAUGACCUUCAGUAGCUGGACGUACGAUCAAAAAGGUAUUGACUAUCUACCGUACUCUUCAGAGAUUGGUACUUCAAAUUUCAUUGAAAAUGAAGGAUGGUACCUUUUUAAGACUGCAAGUAAGUUUAAAAAUUAAUUUUAUAUCUAUUUUUAGCUGUUUUUGAGUUAAAAAUGACGUUUUGUCAAAGCUGAAAAAGUGGAAGUUGAGUGGAAGAUUUGUAAGGUAUUUUGCACUAAAAAUCUUCCACGACAUUUCCACUUUAAAAAAUGUUAAAAACGUGUUUUUAAGCCAUUUUAAAAAAUUUUAAAAAGUGGAAGUUGAAUGAAAGAUUUUCAGUGCAAAUUACAUUACAAAUCUUCCACGUAUCUUCCACUUUUUUAAAUUCAAUUUUUUGGCUUUUAUCUUCAAAAAUAUGGUCAUUUCUUGUUUUGUGAAAAAAGUUAUUGUCAUUUCUUUGGGUAUCCGAGGUUUUUUUAAAUUUUUAAAAUUUUUUGAAAUUUCAAGAUUUUCGAAAAAAAAUUAAAUUUUAAAUUUUAGUAAAACGAGACGAUGUAAAAUACAGUUGUUGCCCAAACAACUACACCCUGCUUCGUUUGACGUUAUUUUUACGUCGAAAGCCGUUGUUUUACUUGGUGAAUUUGAUCAUUCCAACUGCCAUUAUCACUCUUAUCGCUAUCGUCGGAUUCUUCACGUAGGUUUUGAACUUUUUUGUAAAAUACGACCAUCCCUUGUGUGUGCUUUGAUUUUUAUUAAAACAGUAGCUUCUAAAGCAUAUUUUUUCUUUAUUCUUCAUUUUCUUCAAAUUUUUUAAAAAAGGACAUGUUUUAUCGUAUAACAUGUCUCUUGCAGCCUGCAGAGCUGCUUUUUUACGGAUAAUUAUGUUAAAACGGGACUUUUUUAGAUACAAAAAUAAAUUUUAUGUGAAAUAAAACUAAUUUUGAUUUUUUUUAUAAAAAAUUUUUGUAAUUUUAAAAUUUAAAUUUUUGAUUUAAAUUAAAUUUCUUUUUUCAGAACCUCAUCAGCCAGUGGAAUGAGAGAAGAAAAAGUAUCACUUGGCAUUACUACGGUAUGAAAUUUUUUAUUUUAUUCCGUUUUUGGAUGCACAUCCGUAUUUUACAAAAUUUAAAAAAAAAUCUUGAAAUGUUCGCGUUUUUUAUGAAAAUUAUUUAAAAAUUUGGAUAUUUUUUAAAUAUUUUUAAAUUUGGGUAACUAUAAAUUUAAAAUUUGGACUUUUUUAGGUUUUAUUACUAAUAAUAGUAUAUAAAAACAAUUUUUUUAUUAAAAUAUAUUAUCCUUUACGAAGUAUGUUUUCAUAGCCUAGUGGAUCGGGCGAAAACUUUUGGUGCGAAAGAAAGGGGGUUCGAUUCCGACCAGUAGAAAAGCGCGAAAAAGGGUGCUUUGAUAAAAUAAAGUCAAUUUUUGGACAAACUCUAUUAUUUAAUCGUAUUUUACAAAUCAAAAGUAUAAUUUUAAUUUGAACUUUAUAUGUUUUAUUGAAAAAUGUUUAAAUUUUCUGAAAAUUUAAGAAAAAAUAGGUAAUAAAACAAAAAUAAGAUAAAAUACGGCGAAAAAUAAUGUAAAAUACGGCGAGCCAAGACAAUUGAAGCUGUACGUAUAAAAGUUUUUUCAGCUGUUGUCAAUGUCCAUUUUAAUGUUAAUGGUGUCGGAUCAAAUGCCAACUACAUCCACUUUUAUUCCAUUAAUCGGUAAGGAGAUGUUUGAACUUUUUGAACCCUAAAUUUUUAAUUUUUGAGUUUUUUUGUAAUAUUAUAAUCUAUAACAUUACUAAAUGGAAUUUUAAAAGGUCUUGAAAGUGCAAAACUUUUUAAUUGUUUUAAAAAAGACCAAGGAUUGAGUAAGAAUGAUGGAUAAUAUAAUUGCACGGUGCAAAAAUAUAAAAUGCCAUAACUUUUUGAUGCUUUUUUGAAAUAUAGUGAAACUUGACACCUAUGUAGUGUAUGGUACUGUUAAUGGUACUCUGGCACCGUUUUUAGUGAUUUUGUUUCGUUUUGGAGUUAUGACAAUUUAUGUCUCAUAUGGCUGAUUUUUGGUGAAAAUAAUUUAAAACAAUGUCAUUUUUGAUUGACUUAACAAAAACAAUUUAUUUUUUGUGCAAUAUAGUACUAUAGUAUUGUGCAUUUUUGGGUAAAACCGUUUUUAUUUUCGUACGUACAAAAAAGAAUGGAAACACUUUUAAGGCAGCUGUACAAAAAUUGAAAAUUUUAGCUUUUUUUUCGAAAAAAAUGCCAUUUUUGAUUAAGACCUCAGGUUAAAACGUUAAAAAAAUGAUUUUUAAGAGAGCUCUAGUAGUACCAUUUUUAAUUUACAGUCAACAAGAAUUAUUAUUUUUUAAGUUUUUUGCGUUUAGGCUGGUUUAUAUUGGGAAUGAUCAUAGUCAUCUCCUCUGGAACUCUAGCUUCUUCGGUGGUGAUCGCAGUUCAAAAGAAGGGCCGAAUGGGUGAAAGGUUGAGCUCAAGAGCUGUGAAGAUCACCAGAUUCUUUGGGUACAUCUCAAUAUCAGACGUUCCGUUGCAUUUGAGGAAAGGCACUAAGGUAGGGAGGGUUAAAUUUUUAAUUUUAUUCAAAAAUUUGAAAUUUUGGAAAAUUUUUUAUCGACUGGUCGAUAAUUUUUGGGGUCAAAUAUAGUUUAAAAAGGCAUAUUUUGGGCUUGGCAAACCUAAAAAAAGAUUUUAUGAAAUUUAAAAUUUUUUUAAAAAUUUUUAUCGACCGGUCGAAUAUUUUUUUUGGCUAAAAAUGCUUAAAAAGGCAAAAUUUUAGGUUCAGCUGUCCUAAAAAUUGAGGUUUCAAGAAAAAAUUUUUUUUUUUUAAAUUUUAUCAACCGGUCGAUAAUCUCCCCCUAAAAUUCCUAUCAAAAUGCCAUACCCUAUUCCUUCAGGAACACGCCGAAGCCCCACCACUGAACGAAGCCUACAAAAAGUCGGUGAAAAUUCAAAAGAAACUGGACAAGGUUGGGGCCGAAGAGGACGCGAGGAAGAAGAGUUCGGUGGUCAACUUUUUUCGACGAAAAGCCACAAAUCAAAACGGAUUAUCGACCGACAAGAGUACGGAUCCGUUGGUUACGGCCGCUUUUCGUGAGUUUUUUGGGUUUUAACGUGUUUAAUUUGUCAUUUUUUUGUUAUGUAAGGACUGGGAAAGUGUGAUACUGAUAAAAUUGGCACUUGUAACAGAAGGCCAAGUUUGGCGGGAAAAUUAAAAUUUGAAUUUUUUGAAAAAUUUAUUGUUUUUAUGGAUGUUAUAACCGUUUUGUAACAGUUUUUGAGGUUUUUAAGUUACUAGUGGGCUAAAUUGACACUUGAAACAAAAUGCCAAAUUUGGCGAGAAAACUAAAAUUUGAAUUUUUUUAUCAUUUUUCGUUAGAAUAUAGCAGUUAAAAGAUUUUUAUUUGUAUCGCAGUACAUUUGUAAACUGUAACAAAGUAAAAUUUUUACUUGAAACAGAAUGCCAAUUUUGGCGCUAUUUUGAAAGUUCAAAUUUUUAAGCUAAAAACGUCCUUUUUUGGUCAUAAUAACUUACUUUUUAAACUUCAAUGUUGAAAAAAGUCAUUUUCAGAAUCAGAAAAUGGUCAUUCCAAUCCGGCCGCAUCGGCCGAGACCCCACUACAUAUUGCUUUUGAUGAUACGAUUAGUCAAGGCGACUCAGAGAACGCCGAGUCUAAACAAACCACGGCACGGUCAAAUCGGAUGGCCAAGGAUCGGAUGCUACAACAUAUCGGGGUCUUUAAUGGUAAGAUUUUUACUUUGUAUACAGUUUGCGGACUGUAUUUUGCAGCUUAGACAAUUUUUGGGUUCUGCAGCCUGCGAAAGCUCGGGCGCAGGCUGGAAAAGUCAAAGCUUCUUUUAAAACUGACUUUGAUGUUUCGACUGACAAAAACUAAUGACUGUACUAAUAAAAGUGCAUUAGCAGGUUUCAAUUUCACUAAAAAAAGCCUAGCUUGUCGUGUCGAACAAGACAAGUGACAUUUUAUGUUAUUCAUGAAUGACUUGAGCUCUAAAAACCUCAAAAAAUGGUGUUUCGAACGUCAUUUUCUAUUACUUCCGAGUAAAAGCAAAGAUUUUAGAGAGUAUUUUUGGAUGUUUAAAAUUUUAAAUCACUCUUUUUAAAUUUUCGUUUUUUCGAAAAAAUUACAAAAAUUUUUUACUUUUAGUAUCAGACUGCCAUUUUUAAUGAAAUACCAUCUUUUAUUUUGAAAAAUACUUUUUUUGAUCUUGGAAACAUUGCUCUAGUCAUUUUUUUAAGAUUUAAACCACAUUUUGACAUUUUUAGAAAAGUGGAAGUUGAGUGGAAGAUUUGUAAUGUAUUUUACACUAAAAAUCUUCCACCUAACUUUCACUUUUAAAGAAUGUUAAAAACGUGUUUUUAGACAAAUUUAAGAAAUUUUAAAAGUGGAAGUUGGGUGGAAGAUUUUCAGUGCAAAUUACAUUACAAAUCUUCUACUUAAAUUCCACUGUCAAAACUACUUGUUUUUGGGCUUGUAAGGAAAGUUCUUGCUAUUACUAACCGUUUUAAAGUAAUUUAGCCGCACUGGCAGAGACUACUCAACUUUUUUGGCCAUUUUCAAGUUUAAAAUUUUUUAAAAUUUUAAAAUUUCGAAAUAUUUAAAAUUUUCAAAAUUUCGGAAAGUCUAGUUUGUUAUUACAUGUUUUGGGUAAUGCAAGCCUCUUCUGGCUCUGAAUGACUGUUUAUUCCGGUGUUCAUGAAUUUCAGAAUAAAUAAUUUUGAAGGGAUUUCGAGUUCUUUUUACUUGAUAAAUGAGCCUUUACUGACAUUUCAGAGAUCUUUUAGGGUCGGGUAAAGUAGGGUAGGGAACAUCUUUAAAACUUUUUUGAUAAAAAUAAGUUGCCAGUGCGGUAAAUGACCAAAACUUUCUUUACAAGCCGCAAUGUCUAGGUUUUUGUUCAGAAAAUGGUUAAACCGUUCUUUAUAUUAUUCAUAGGCAUUUACUGGGUAAAUAACAAAAAAGCGCAAUAACUUUGUUUACAAAACAGAAAAUAGCAAGAAUUUUGUUUACAGCCUAAAAAAUGGCAAGAACUUUCGUUACAAAACGAAAAAUGGCCAAACUAUUAUUUAUAAAUUUUAAAAUAGAACGUCUUCAAAAGUGGAAGUUGAGUGGAAGAUUUGUAAUGCAAUUUGCACUGAAAAUCUUCCACUCAACUUCUAGUUUUAAAAUGUUUCGAAAUGGCCUAAAAACACGUUUUUUACACUUUUUUGGAAGUGGAAGUUUGGUGGAAGAUUUUUUAGUGUAUUUUGCACUGAAAAUCUUCCACCCAAUUUCCACUUGUAAAAACCUUAAAAGUAAUGGUUUUAGGCCAUUUCAAGACUUUUUAAAAUGGAAGUUUGGUGGAAGAUUUGUAAUGUAAUUUGCACUGAAAAUCUUCCACUGAUCUUCCACUUUUUUAAAAUUGCCAUAACUCUGUUUCUAGUCAAAAUUUUUGAAAAAAAAUGUUUUUGAUACAGAUAUCUGAUACUAAUAUCUAUGUUUUAUCACAAUUUUAUGACAAUUAAUAAAACAUCAUUUCAGAAAACGUCCGUCUAAGCCGUCAGCUAGCCCAAAAAGAGUACGAAUGGCUGGCUACCGUAAUGGAACGGUGCUUUUUUGGCAUUUUCGUAUCAUUAUUCUUGGUGAUUAGUGUCGGCAUCAACUUGAUUGGCUAUUGGCAUUGGAGCGAUGUUGAAAGUAUUGUCAAAGAAAGGGCGAAUCUCCUCGAACCGGAGCUUUGA